CUUCUCUCCUUAAACUUUAGGUUUCCUGACAUAAACUUACACCAUUUUGGAUGAGAUGGGGAAACCAUCAUGUUGCGAUAAGUCGAAUGUGAAAAGGGGUCUUUGGACUGCAGAGGAGGAUGCAAAGAUACUCGCUUAUGUAUCGAUGUAUGGUACAGGUAACUGGACAUUGGUACCAAAAAAAGCAGGACUUAAACGAUGCGGGAAGAGUUGUAGGCUUAGGUGGACUAAUUACCUGAGGCCAGAUCUCAAGCAUGAUACCUUCACACCUCAAGAAGAAAAAUUGAUUGUCAGACUUCAUAAAGCCAUAGGAAGCAGGUGGUCUCUAAUAGCAGCCCAGUUGCCAGGAAGAACAGACAAUGACAUUAAAAACUUCUGGAACACAAAGCUGAGAAAGAAGCUCCAACAGAUGGGAAUCGAUCCUGUCACUCACAAGCCUUUUUCAGAAAUCCUAACUGACUAUGGUAAAAUUGGUUGUUUCCCGAAAGCUGGAAACCAUAUUGGAUCCCUCAAUAGAGACUUGAGGAAUGCAUUCACGCCCAAACCAGAAGCAUCUUCAGUUAAUGGCAUUUCAAACAUCACAAGCCACUUGAUGACAGCUAUGAGAGCUCCAAAGAUGGAACCAAUGGAAGAUGGCCUGUCAGACUACACUAGCAAUAGCAACUACUCUUGGGACCUUCUGGGUGAGCUUCAGGCCAUAAAACUAGUUAAAGAAGCAACAAAGUGCAGCAACCAAGACAUAAUUGAACCCAUUUUCUUUAGUGAAGGAUCAUCAUCAUCAUCAUCUUCCUUUUCCACUACCGUAAGAGUGAGUUCACCAACACCCUUUCCUUGCCAACAAUCUCUUCCACUUCAGACAACACCAUUCCCACCCUUCAAUUGGAGUGAAUUCCUUCUAGAAGAUGUGUCUCUUCCUCCUGAUCAGCCACAGCAAUGCUUUCAAGGGUCUUCAAGCCUAACACAAGUACAUAAUGAGAUGCAGCAAAGCCAAUUAAUUGUUGAAAGUAACGAUAAUUUCAGUGUUGUUGCAGACAUGGAUUAUGAUGCACUGGUUAACAUAGGCCAGAGUAAUCCAGGAAGAGUUGGAGAGGAAGCUAGCAACAUCUUUGAUGACUCUUUGUCAUCUGAUAAUUCAUUCCUGACAACGAUAUUGGAUCAAGACAACCAGAUGUUGUGGGAAUUCCCUGAUAUGUUUGGGGAACCAUUUUUCUGAGUAUUGGUAGAUCAACAAAUUGCUGAACCAAACCUCACUAGAGCAUAUCAGUGUUUUCAUACCAAUAGGGAUACAGGAUCGUAGAUAAAAAGAGGAUGGAGAAGGGAAGUCAAGGUUUUAUGUGAAGAUAGAAUGUUUCUACAAGUUUGAACUA